AUGGAAUCAUUGUUCAAUCGAUUUCCACUUCGUCAUACAACCCAUCGUAAUCGUUUGAAACAAUCUGUACAACUUAUUAUUCGAUACGGUGUUGGUAUCAUUCUUUUGUUAGCCGAUGAUGGACGAGGUGCUGGUUUUGGAGCAUAUGCUGUUGAUCGUAUGCUUUUAGAAAGAGGAGAAGUUCCACAUAGUGAGGCAGCUCGAAAAACAAUAUGUGUUGGUCAUGAUGCCAAUGAUUAUGAUGGUACAAUAGCACUUUUGAAAAAUCAUUGUCCACAGAAAAAGAUUCAAUUAAUUAUGAAUACACCAUCAUCAAUACUUAAAAAGAAAGCAUGUAUCGAUGCACUUGCAGAUCAAAGAUUCGAAAUAAAAAAAUGGCUCUUUCUUCAACAAGAAGAAUUCUAG